AAAUCGAUGGGGAAAAUCGAUCUGAUCCGAUUCUAUUCACUUCUCCCAGUCGCUGAUACUUCAAUUUUUCCUCGCUGCUCAGUCACUUGUGUUUGAUUUGCCGGAUCGGACGUUGGCUGACGUCUCCCCGGCCAACAACUUCCGCCUCCCCUGUCGCCAAAGUGAUUUAAACAAGCUGUUGAUUUGUACCCUCACAGCACAUUUCCCUCAAUUUCCCACCAUCCAUUUCCACACCGAAUUCCCUCCCCGCAAUCCCCUCGUCGUAAAGUGUUUUCUCGCAAUUUUCGCGUGCCCCGUGGUUGAAGGUGCUUUAUUCACCGGAGUGAGAUGGAUUGGCGCCAAAAUAGCCCGCUAAUUCAGCAUCACUGUGAAUUGAUAAGAUAAAUAAUUCAUUUCGUGGUGUUUGAAUUGUGCUUUUGAUUUAUUCAGGGGAUUCGCCUAAAAGAUUAUAAAGCGUUUUGUUAAAAAGACUCAUCAGUAGCAAUUUGUGUGCCUUCAGGUGUACAUCGUGAUGAUGAUAAUUAUUUGAUUGAGUGACUAUAUUCAUUCUUUGUGCCUUCAAUUUGCCUGAAAAACUGUGUUAAUGAUAGAUAAACAAGUAUAUUUCGGAGGGUGCUAAAGGUGGGUCAUUUCGUGGGGAGUUACCGCGUUCAGAGGGAGAAGAAAAAAAAACAUUUUGGAAAAUAAUCACACCGAAAGUCAUCAAGUUCACUCCACUCUCGUGUAUUAUGAUUAGCAACAACAGCAAAGUUUGGACAACCGCCACGGAAAAUGGACUAUCACGAGCAUCAACUGCUGCCGUACAUCCAACACUUGGGGACAAUCCAUACGCCGUGGGCAUUCAAUCGAGGUUCAGAAGGAAGUAUUUCCACAAAACCAUUUUCAUCUCUCUGAUCUUUAUCAUUGCGAUUCUCCUGAUUGGGAUCAUCGUGCUGGCAUGUCAAGACCGAAUGGUAAGAAUUUGCGAGACUACAGAGUGCCUUAGGGCUGCUGCCAAUUUUAAACUCUCUAUGGAUCAAACUGCUGAUCCCUGUGAAGAUUUCUAUCAGUUCACAUGCGGAAAUUGGGCAGAAGAGCAUCCCCGUCCAGAUUCAUCCAUGUCUAAUGAUUGGUUCAGUGAGAAGCAAGUAAAGAUCAUGAGGCAGGUGCGAUCAUUUCUUCAGGAGAAUGGCACUGCCGAUGAACCCCUUCCCGUGAAUCAGACAAGAAUUGUCUUCUCGGCCUGCAUGGAUACCGAAACAAUGGAUAAGGUCGGCCUGAAGCCCAUCUACAAGUAUUUAAAACUCUUCAACCUACCCAUCAUCCCUACAUUCCUCAACAUCACCAACGUAGACUACAGCACCUACAAUUUUGACUGGAUUAAAUCCAUUGCAUCUAUAAAGAGAUAUUUUGGAAUGGAUGUGAUGGUGGGAUUUGAUCUGAUGCCUGAUCCUGAAAACAGAUCAGUCUAUCGAAUGGCCAUUGGGACGCCGGAACUAGAUACAGGGAUACCAUUCAAUAACGACAAUCUCAAGAAAGCACAGCGGAUCCGAAGACGUCUAGAGCUUUUUGGAAUUCACUCAAUAAACGAUGAGUCUGUGAUUCUGGAAGAGGAUGAGGACGAAGAUGAAGAUUCUCUUGUGGGUGGUGCAUACGGGAGGUAUGUUUCGGAAGUAAUAUCUGCCAUAAUUCUCGACUACAAAAACACCACACUCGAGGAGGAGAGUGUGGCGAAUAUUCUUAGUGCUGGAAAGAUGAUUUUCAACACAACACGAGUCCUGUACAGACUCAAUCAAGCCGCUGAGAAUGCGUCCAAGGAGAAGGAUACUGAUCCCAUGAAUGACAUCAUGAAUCUGAGUGUGAUGGAACUGCAAAAUUCAACUGAUUCCUACAUUUAUCCACACGAGGGGAUGCCUCUGUGGGAGAAGUACAUCUCAUUGCUCUUUGUGGAUGUUCCGGAAGUCAAUUUGGAUUUGGAGAAGGACAAACUACUCACCAGUAGUGGUGAUUUGCUAUACCUUCAGACACUUGUGGAAUUCGUGGCAAAUAGCUCCCUGGCCAGGAUUGAGUUGUACAUUUGGUGGGCUGUUGUGGAGGAAUUGAUCAUUCACACAACCACCGAAAUGCGCAGCCUUCACAAUCAGUAUGCAAAAUCCGUUACAAGCUUGGAGGGUUCCCUUUCGAGAUCCCUCUACUGCGCCAAUGGGGUCAAUCAACUCAUGGGGAUGGCCGUGAGCUAUGCCAUUGCUGAUCGUGAAUUCUUGAAGCGUACUAAACCAAAUGUGGAACUGAUGCUUCAACUCAUUCGGAUGGCCUUCAACAAUCUCGUGGUGACCACAACGUGGAUGGAUGCUGAAACCAAAGCAGUCACCCUGGAGAAAUCUGCUGCCAUGAAGAGUCUCAUUGGCUUCCCCGAAUGGAUCCUCGAGAAGGGAACACUCUUGAAUUUCUACAAAGGUGUCAAUGUGACCAAUUCCACCCACCUGGAUAACAUGCUCAAUGUACUGCACAGGAAUAUGUUGGAGAAAUUAAUGAACUUCCGGCAUGAGAAUAAAUUUGGAUGGGCCACAUCCCCAACCAAUGUUAAUGCUUUCCACACAUUCCAGGCCAAUGCCAUAACUAUUCCUCUGGCCAUACUUCAGUAUCCUUUCUAUCAUUUGGGACUUGAAGCUUUAAAUUACGGAGCCAUCGGGACAAUUCUGGGGCAUGAGUUGACUCACGGAUUUGACGACAGUGGCCGGCAUUUUGACAAAAACGGAAACAUCCGCCAGUGGUGGUCCAACAGAACAAUUGACGAGUAUGAAAAUCGUACAUCCUGUUUCGUGAAGUUCUACAGUCAAUACUACCUCCCAGAAGUUUCGGAUUAUAUCAAUGGAGAACUAACUCUGGGGGAGAAUAUCGCAGACAACGGUGGCCUUAGAGAAGCCUUUAAUGCUUACAAAUUGUACACAGAAAGGAACGGAAGGGAGGACCUCUUACCUGGCUUUGAGAACUACACCCAUGAUCAGCUCUUCUUCAUGUCCUAUGGCAAUCUCUGGUGUGAAUCAAUGACAACAGUGGCGACCAAGUGGGCUCUCGAGGAUUCCCAUUGCCCAGGAAAAAUUCGCCUUCAUGGUGUUCUAUCCAAUUCCCCAGAAUUUGCCAGGACAUUCAACUGCAAAAAGGGAUCAGGCAUGUACCCAGCCGAGCGCUGUCGCGUCUGGUAGACUCCCAGCCAGCAUAUCUUCACGCAAAUUGGUGUUGUUUUCUGUGCAUGCACCCCCCGUGAUUAUCCGUGACCCCUGUUUUUGUCCUUUUGUACAACUGGUUGUGAUAUAUUUUUGCAUAGCGCAUCCCUCACUCAGUGGUGCGAGCAAUUCAAUUGUAUUUCUCAAGAUUGACUGUGACAACAAUGUGGUAGAUUUUAAAUUAUAUAAAAUAAAGAAUAGCAUAAGGAUUUGGAAAA